UGUUCCUUGUUGUGCUCUCUGUGCGAAAGCGAUUGGGGAAUGAGAGAUAAAUGGUUUCGCAGGCUUUACAGCGCGUGGCAUUGCAACUUCGGCUGUUACGAAAGCGGCUUGCGUUUAAUGUUGCUAAAUAUAAUUCACUACGUAUUGCGAGUCAAACAUACUGUAUACAUGUCUGUGUCUUGCGCUGGAACCCUGCACGUGCUUCGACGUAUCAAACAAUUACUAAAUAACCGCGAAGAUCUCUAACUGCCGGACAUCUGUGAAAUAAUCAACGCGGGCGAGAUAAAAUAUCCAAAGAACCCCCUGGACUGAUUCUACAAGUGGAGGAGUUCCGAGUCUCGUCUUGGCACCAUCUGUUCUUCCGCGACUUCCCUGCCAAACGGUGCUGUGCGUUUAACGUCCCCCAAGCCGCCACCUGCGCCGUCUCCACAAGAUUCGGAAGAGGAAGGCCCGUCUGCCCGGCCGAUUGCUCUUCGUGAGGAGCCAGGGUUGGGGGCCGCGGCAAUGUCGCGCGAGCCCAAGCGGCGCUGAACCCCAGUGGAGAAGUGCGAGGGGCGGCGGUGGUGCUGAUCAGACGUGGACAGCGGCCGCGGCACUGAGCGAGCAUGCGGGGCCGAGGGUCGGUGCUGCCACAGCCCCCUGAUGGGGGGUGGGGCUGGAUGGUGGUCCUCGCCUGCUUCAUCGUCAACGUCUGCACGCGCGCCGUCACCAGAUGCAUCUCAAUCUUCUUCAUGGAGUUUCAGAGCCACUUUCAGAAGGACUAUGCCACCACAGCGUGGAUUAACUCGAUGGUGGACUGCCUCACCAUGCUGUGUGCACCGAUUGGGAGCCUCCUUAGCAGUCACUUUGGGUGCCGUGCCACAGUGAUGGCUGGGGGUCUCUUCUCCUCCGCGGGGUUCAUAAUGGCCUCCUUUGCCACCAGCAUUGAGAUGCUCUACGUCUUCCUGGGCGUGUUCGCAGGCUUUGGCUUCUCGCUGUGCUAUUCCCCGUCCAUCGUCAUGGUCACCAAGUACUUCCGGCGGCGGCGGGCGCUCGCCACGGGCCUCGCCAUGUCCGGCAGUGGCGUGGGAACGUUCCUGCUAGCGCCGCUCGUCCAGUACCUGCUCGACGUGUUCUCCUGGCGCGGGGCUCUGCUGCUGCUUGGGGCGUUCGUCUCCAACCUGUGCGUCUGCGGCGCCCUCCUUCGCCCCAUCCAUCUGCAGGCCGAGUUGGAACCGAGCGUGGGGAACGGCAACAACGGCACCGACGCGAGGGCCGUCCCUCCUGUCUUCCGCACGGACCCCGGCAUGGAGGCGUGGACUGUGGCGAUGGCGGGGCCGCCCGACCGUGGCUGCAGCGCCGGAGCCGGAGCGUGCGCGCGGGGGGCGUGGGGCCGGCUGGUCAAUGCAGCCGGCAAGCUGCGGCGCAACUAUGGCUUCGUGGUGCAGCGCGAGUUCGUCGUGUUCUGGGCGUCGGUGAUGCUCAUGGCAUACGGGUGCAGCACGCCCUUCGUGUACCUCGUGCCAUACGCGCAGUCGCACGGCGUCCCGCCGGGCAUGGCCGCGCUGCUGCUGUCCGUGUUGGGAAUUGUCGACAUCGCCGGGAACAUCUCCUACGGCUGGCUCACCGACAGGCCGAGUGUGCGCAAGCACAGAGGCCUCUUCUACAUGGUGGCCGUGGGGCUGGAGGGCGUGUGGUCACUCCUGCUGCCACUCAUGGCCAGCUUCCCGCUGCUCAUGGUGUACGCCGUGCUUUACGGCUACUUUGACGGGGCCUACGUGACACUCAUCUCCGUGGUGACAGCCGACCUGGUGGGCCCCGUCCACGUCUCCAGCGCCGUGGGCCUCGUCUUCUUCAUGCAUGCCGUGCCGUACCUGAUAGCGCCGCCGGUAGCAGGUUGGCUGGUGGACAUCACAGGCACCUACACGGCAGCCUUUCUCGUCAGCGGCAUGGCCAUGAUUCUGAGCGCUCUGCUUUUCGGGGUGGUGUCGUGCUUCAGAAGCUACUGCGCAAAGCGCGAGCCCAAGGAACCUAUGGCAGAAUCGACGGCCAUGGUCAGGAAUGACACGUUUUCGUCAGAUAAGAGUGGAGUCACAGUGUCACCGCCCUUCCACGUGAGCUGCUGAUCCAAAUGUAAUUCCAGAGCACUCGUCGACGUUUGUGUGGGUCGUGCUGCGUGCCGUUUGGCACAAUGGACAACGUGCUGCUCAAAAAGGAAACACGUCUGAGAGCUGUGUGGCACAACCGUGAAAACCUGCACAGUCGUAAUUGCAAAGUGUGUGCGCGUUUGUUGAAGACCGUUCUGUCAUGUUGAUGCUGCUCUCUUUUUUUCUAUGCAAAACUAUAUUCAAAAUAUGGCAUUUUGGUGCUUAAGGAAGUGACUUUGUAAUCAAGCUUGAACCUUGUUUUUUUAAUUUGAAGUGUCACUAUACAGUGUAUAAAAUUUAUAAGUGAAUGAAUGAUGAAUAAAUAAUUAAUGUUCCUAUAAAACUUUUCAUUUGCUUUUGUGUAUUGUUAGAAUAAUGCUACAUGUACAUGCACAAUUUGACUAUACAUAUGUAACUUUUACACGAAAAAACACAUACAAACAUGUCCACUUUACCACUGUUAAGCCAUUGCGACAGUAUAUUGUCUCAUUUGAUAUGUAGCCUAAGAGAAAAUGUAAAACUAUAAUGCUGCAAAGCAGAAUUUGGAUUAGAUUUUUGCGCAUGCAUAUACGCAUAUCUUACACAGGAUUACAUUUCAGUUUGUUCUUGUCAUAAGAUGUGAGUAGCCGGAGUGAUUUGAAUGGAUAGCACUAUGAGCUUUCCCUUUUCAAUUUAGCUCACAGGAUUUUGCUCACAAAGGAUUGUUGAAGCUCAGCAUUCAGGAUAUCAGAUAUUAUAACGUUAAUACUCUACAGGAAUAACUGUGUAUAAAGCAUAUUACACACAUUUUAAUUAAUGUGAUCAAAUAUCUCCCCCGAUCAGCCCAUCAUCCAAUGACCAAAGCACUCUUUAAAUGCAUCGAUCUCAUCGGAUAUUGGAAGCUAAGCACAGUUGAAUCUCGUUGCUAUUUGAAUGGGUGACCGGCCAGAGAUUUCCAGAUGUCAGGACUAAAGUAGCCAUGAAAACCAGUUGUUCAUCCUGUUUGGAAACAGAUGUUACACAAAGUGGCCAGGAGAUGGUCGUGGUGAAUGUUAACCCUCGCUAUGUGUGCAUUUUCUCCACGUAGUGGAGUUAACCGUUGUCUCUCUCCACCCAGCAGUGUAAACGGCUACACCCCAAUUGAUUGGAGGGUCACGUGUAGUUAGGAAAAGUGUAGGUAUCCCAACUGCAUCCAAGAUCAGUUUAACACGUAAGCUUUCGUGACCAAUAUUAAUCAUAAUACAGGUUUUUGGGUUAAAUCGCGUUAUUUAUAAAUGUGUCGCAACCCUCCACCACCCGAAACGGCCAAUCAGUAAAAAACGUGUCACGUUUACAAAAGACAAAUACAUUUCCAUUUAAAGAUUUUGUGACUGUGGGGAUUCAUCUUCUUGGUUCUUUCGGUAAAGUCACGUGGAAGGGAAAUAAUAAAAUAAUCAAAAUAGAACAUAAUAAAAUAAAAUUCUCACGACGUUUCGGCCGCAACACAAGUAGCCCUCCUCAGGUGAUGAAAUAGAAAUGUGUUGUAUAUGUGGUGUGUGAAAAUUUGAUGAAAAUAAUGAAAAUUAAAUGAAAUUUGAAAUUGACAUAAUUAAUCCGAAAUUAUGUUAAUUUGCAUAAUUAUGCGUAUAGUUAUGCUAAUUCUAGAGGUAAUCGUAUUAAUGUAUAUGAGUGGGUGUGGCUAUGUUAAUGGUAUCCUUU